GCAGCUGCACCAACCGCAAUCCCAAUUCGCAACGGCCCUAACAGACAUACGCACGGGCGCGCGGCCGGCAGCAGGGCAAGUCGGCGACUCGUGCGCCCGCCGGACACCGGCCACGCUGCACCGGCCUAGCUUCAAACGCGUCGUACGUCUACACCCGCGUGCCGACGCAGGCUUCCGCUUUUCUCCCUUCCCACCGCCCCCCGGCGGCCAGACGAGAUGACGGACUGCACCGACUCGCCGUCUUGCCGUGCUGGAGCAGGCGCGCCCGUGCUGGAGCGGCCAGACGAGAUGAAGGGCACGAACGGCGACGGAGCAGGCGCGCUGUGCCAGUACCAGCACGGCGGCCCCGCCAGGGCGCCGCGGCUGGGGCUCGAGAUCCGCGAGCCCUUCCUGCGUCUGAUCACGUCCAUGCGAGCCGCGCUCAACCCCGCCGCCGACGACAGAGGCGCCGGCCCAGAGGGGGAGGGGGCGCCAGCGGGGAAGAAUCAGGGCCAGAGACGGCUGAGCCGGGUGGGACUGCGGGCGCUCCAAAUCGGCGACAGCAAGAUCGCUCGAACGGACGAGUUCGACAUAGCGGCCAAGUUCCAGUACAAGAAGCCCAAGAAGAUCGUGCUCCAGCUGCACCGGGCCGACGCCUUGGUCAAGAUCCACAUCCUCUGGUCCAACAUCCUGGCCAUGUCGGCGCGCUUCGACGACGCCAGAUUCGACACGCUGAGGAUCCAGGUCAAAUGCGCGUCCGAGCGGUACAGUGCUAUUCAGCCUCCAGCAGCAAGCAGAAUGCAUCUCCGAUGGCAGCGCUGCAACGAUGUUAUUCCAAGGACCUUUUUGCUCUGGUUUGACAAGGGGACGCUGGAGAGGGGCUACGGCAAGAUGAUGUACGCCGACCCUUCGCUGCUUCUACUGCCGUCGCCCCCUCCGGGACAAGGAGAGGAGGGGGAGGAAGAAGCCCCGUCCCCACCAUUCCUCUUUGGCGCGACGCCGAGCACGAUGAUGAUGACAGGCUCAGCAAACACAGGGGCCGAUCCCGCGACGUAUCAUGAGUACUGGGGCACCCAGUUGCAGGACGCGAUUCAGUCGGCACAUAUUCGUUCCUUGUACAGAUAGCCGUUAUUCAUUGAUAUUCAUUUUCUUCAUUUGUUGUAUAGAUGCCAUACAC